AUGACAGGGUCAAACCUGCGAAGGGAUCUGAAGGUUGGAGCUGUUGUCCUCAUGUCCGACGGAAAGCUGCAACGCGACGACUGGCCACUGGAUGUAGUCAUAGAAAGCCACACGGACUCAGAUGGACUAGUAAGAACAGUCAAAUUGAAAACAUCUGCCGGUGAACAGUUGCGCAAUAUUCGACGAGUAUGUUUAUUGGAGGGAGAUGAUCACCAUGCCGUUACUUGA